GAUUAAUCCACGGUCACACGGACUUGCAAUCUAUUAAACAAUAAACAAAAUUGUUAUAUUUGAUAUUUCGGGUUAAUUUUGUCUUUAUUUGGACAAGACCUCUCAUAAUGGCGGAUGACUUGCCGGAGCAGUUUGACCUAAUAGUCAUAGGCACAGGUUUCACUGAAUCUUGCAUUGCCGCGGCGGCCAGUCGGGUGGGCAAGACCGUUCUCCAUUUGGACAGCAAUGACUACUACGGUAAUGUUUGGGGCUCAGUAGGCGUUGAAGACCUGGUUCGUCUGUUGUCCAGUGAUGCUGCACCACACUCGACACUGCGCAAUGGAAGUUACACCUGGCACGACGAAUCUGGCGACACAUCCACGUCAGAAGGGGAUGAGAUGAAAGAAGAGACUGGGCAGCAGUGGACGCGGGAGACAGUGCUGGCCAUGUCGCGACGUUUCUGCAUUGAUCUCUGUCCACGAAUUCUCUACUCCGCUGGUGAGCUUGUGCAGCUGCUCAUCCAGUCCAACAUUUGCCGCUACACGGAAUUCCGGGCCGUGGACAAUGUGUGUAUGCAGCAGAACGGAAAUAUUGUCUCCAUACCCUGUUCUCGCAGUGAUAUCUUCAAUACAAAAUCGUUGACCAUAGUGGAGAAGCGGCUGCUGAUGAAAUUUAUGAAUGCGUGCAAUGACUACGGCGAGGACAAGUCCAACGAGGAUACUCUGGCUUUUCGGGGUAGAACGUUUUCCGAGUAUCUGCAGGAACAGCGUGUGACGGAGAAGAUUGCCUCGUGCGUGAUGCAGGCCAUUGCCAUGUGUGGCCCCAACACUAGCUUCGAGGAGGGAAUGCUGCGCACGCAGCGUUUUCUCCGAAGUCUCGGUCGUUAUGGCAACACACCGUUUCUCUAUCCCAUGUAUGGCUGUGGGGAAUUCCCUCAGAGCUUCUGUCGUCAGUGUGCUGUCUACGGGGGCAUUUAUUGCUUGCAACGAUCCGUAGAUGACAGUGCCGUGGAUGCCAACUCCAAUGAAGUUUUGAUAAGCAGCGCCGGAACAACAUUCCGUGCGAAACAUGUGGUUUCUGCUCCUAGAUAUCUGCCAGCAUCCCGCGACUGUGUUAUGCGUCCUCAUCUAUCUCGUGGCUUGUUUUUAUCCUCCACACCUUUGGGCAAUGAGGUGCUUAAUAAAGGUGGCGGUGGCGUUAAUAUCCUCCGCCUAAUGGAGGGAGUCCGGGAAGCCAUCUUCAUCCAGCUCUCGCACUUUUCUGGAGCUUGCCCGAAGGGAUUGUAUCUCUUCCAUGUGACUACACCCGCUGUUUCCGAUGAUCCUGCGGAAGAUUUAAGACCAUUUACAAUGCAGCUUUUCCAGAACUCCGCUCCGGAAUUCGUAUUCAGCUCCUUCUUUACCCUUACUACACAAUCCCAACCCAAUAAAGGUGGAGCGGAUGAUGCCGUUUUCUAUACAGAUGCGCCUAGCUUCGAGAUGGACUUUUAUGAUGCCAUUGCCAAUGCGCGUGACAUCUUUGGUAAGCUCUACACGGAUCUGGAAUUUUUGCCACGUGCCCCAGAUGUUGAGGAGAUUGUCGUCGAUGGGGAGGAUCCAAGUGCCUUGAACGAGCAUAGCUUGCCCGAGGAUUUGCGUGCCCAGCUGCAGGACAUGCAACAGGCGACUGAACAAAUGGACAUACAAGACUAGACUUAUGUAGGUCUAGCAACUACGCUUUAACCAUAGCUAAAUCUACCUUCAUCAAAACAUUAUCAAAGCACAACGACUAUACGCUUUUAAGGUAAAUAAGAAUGAAAGAUUAUAUUAUACAAAGUUAUCUGUAUACAAGGAUUUUUUGCAUAUAUUACUAUAUAUAUAUAUUUAUUAGGUAAAUUAGUUAUAAGUUCUAAAAGUACUAGUAUGUAUGUAUAUAAUUGUGAGUGCUUCUGUGCAUUUUGCUUUGAUAAAUAUACCUUUCGAAAAA